CUUGAACAUUUAUGACCGAUAAUUGAUCGUUUCCGGUUUGAGUUGUGAAAAUGACGGGAACAGUGAGUUUUCUGGAAAAAUCCUCCAGACAGGAUUCUCAACUAGAGAGUUUCGCGUCCGUUGAUUCGGAGGAACGGAAAUCACCGGUCAUGCAAGGAGUUAAUGGCGAACGGAAGGAAGCCUCGAGGAAAGUGAGCCUAUUUGCGAUCUACGCAAAGAUCUUCCGGGUUAUGCUGGCCAGGUGGGUCCAGACUACCGAUCCUAACGAAGAAAAAUAUAUACGGGAAUUGGAGGAACUCGUGCUGCCGAGCAACGAAGAGUGGCGUCGUCAAGUUUAUUAUCGUCUGGUGGAUCUGCAGCGUGAAAUCGACGCCGAAGGUGACGCUGCGGAGAUGGAGGCUGACGCGGAUAAAGAGCCAAAGGACAACAAGGAAUGGGAAUGGCAGCCAACGCCGGGUGCCAGUGGAUAUCCUUUGCGUCCUAAGGGACGAAGGGAUACCUCGGCUGGUUCCUGGGAGGCGAUCGUAAGCGCGGGUGGCUCGAUGACGGAGGCUUGUAUCCAGCCGGGAUGGCGAGUCGGUGAUUUAAUCCUGGCAUCGAAGGUCCUUCAGAAACAAUCCUCACCACCGACUUACACCGACGAAGCAGAGAUGCGACGAGUCUUCGGCCUUGUUUACGACGUCCUACGAUAUAAAAAUAUUCUCAAUCAUGCCUUGGAGGAUAUUGGUUUCUGGUAUCAUCACCCGGAUUUUAAACGCGAGGAGAGAAUCGUUUGGCUUCUUCUCUACGACAUGCAGGGUCGUAAGUUUGGUCGUCGAGGUGAGGUGAACGAGGUUGCUGAGCGAGAAAAGGCCUUCCAAGAAGCAGGCCUCAAGGAGAUCGAGGACGCUUUGCUCGAGUCGAAGACACGCUUAGCCGCGAGUGUGUCGCGGCUACGUAUAGGUGGCUCAGCCCUCAAUUUGAGUGAAUUACUCCCGCAGCACCUUCGAACCGCCGAAGGUGUGGUUUGGGGUGAAAACGGAGCCGUAGCCUCUGGCUGGGUAAACACGCUGAAAAUAUCCAGCAAAGAGGAAUUCAUCCGGGAGAUGACUGGUCUGGGAUUGACCCUGUGCAUGGACUGCUCCGCGGAGGAAAUCGACGAAGGAACAUUCCUCUUCGAUCCGACGUGUCCGAAGGUCGUCAACUUCCACGAUGCUGCUCGAGAGACCAUUGCGAGGUCCGACCUUGUUCGAAGUUACCAAUUUGUUUUCAUGGAAAGGUCGUUGUGCUUAGGCGCAGCAGCGUUGGCACAAGCAGUGAGAAUGGGCCACCUCUGUGGUCCAGUAGUCCUGACUCAUGCCCUAGCGCCAAGACACACUGGCUACCUGGCGGGCCUCCUCGCAGACAUAGACGACGCUGGUCGACUCCUCGCUUUCGGCACAGGACAACUUCGGCGAGAGUACGAGACGUACCUGCGAAAUCUUGGAGUGACGCUUCAGCAGUGCCGCGUAUUCGCUGAGUCGUACACCUCGCCUCCGGCUUCCGCAGAACUGGAAAGGGCUACCAUAGUAUUGGCGACUCCACCAUGCAGCUAUACCGGCAUACGGGAUGCCGUCGAUCUGGCCGUUGCUCGAGGCGGUGAAACGUUGUUGUUGGAAGCUCUGACGGACGUCGACGGCGGACUUAGACAACCGCAUACUCUGCUUGCCGAGCAGUUGGAAACCCUAAGACACGCUUUGACGAGGCCCAAUGUUCAGCUUCUGAUUUAUCAGGCGCACAGUAUUCUACCUGCUGAAACUACGGAAAUGGUGGAGCAGGUGACACAGUAUGCCAACAGAAUGGCCGUUGAGAAAUACAUCCGUGAGCACUCGCCGAAAAGAAAAUUCCUGAGUAAAGAAGCUGGGAGUAGAAGCGCUAGGUCUAUCAAAUCCAGCAAGCGUAGUCAGCUGGCUCUUGAACUACCCAAAACACAACCGGAAGACCGAAGAUCUACUUCAGUUUACGACGAUGAGGACGAGGCCUCGAUAUCACCUUCGAUCGAGGACAAGGUACCGGACAGCGAUUUGUUCGAGUUUGGUCAAGUGGACGAGCUGUGCGGCAAGUCAUCAAAUAAAUCAGUGGACGGGGGCUGUUAUCUUGCGCUUAUACGACGCAAGGAGAUGAUGCAGUUUAAUUCUCUCUUCAUGAUCAAAGUUGCAGAAGCCAAAGGUCUGUUCGGGGAUCCGAACAAGCAGCCUGCCCAACCAAAAGAAGAGCAGCAACCAUUGCCGGUGCGGCAAGGUUCACAGCAGAGUCGUAAGGGCUGCAAGCGUAACAAGAUUCAAAUGGAUCGGAUAGCAGCUCCAACCUUCUCAUCAAUGGUUAGAAACUUCAGGCACAGCAGCACCUGUCCUCGCCAUAAUCAUCACGUUGCACACGACGAGAGGAUAGCUCUUGAACAGGUACGUGACGCCCGGCGUCGCGACGCUCGUCGCUGGUGGGACGAGCUGGCGCCAUACUUGCUUCGCUCUACUCCAAAAAUUCGCAAAUCUUCUGGCUUUCGCGCGACACGAACUGACCCUAAAACAAGAAAGGUCUUCUACUCGCUGCACGUCGAGGAGAUCUCCUACAUGCAAGCAACUGGCACUGUUUUAAGCGCCUGACCAGUCUACGAGAGAAUUUCAGUGUGGUUGGGUGAAUU